AUGGCCUCCAUUCAAUUGAAGUUUUCUCUUCGCACCUCGUCCAAUGUCAAGACCGUCCACCUCGUCGGUUCUUGGGACAACUAUGCCCGCCAGCUACCCCUCUCUACAGAGGAGAAGCCCGGUGCCUGGGUUGGAAAGUUCCGCUUCCAGUCCUCAAUGCUGCAACUGGGAACCCGUUACUGGUACUACUAUAUCAUGGAUGGAUACCACGUUUCCCACGACCCAGCGGUUGAGUACACCGUCGAGCCCACCACAGGCCGCAAGCUCAACAUUCUCGAUGUUCCUGGAGGCAAGAGCAGCCGAGACCGUGCCCCCAAGCGCCGCACCUCGACCAACAUUGCCACCGGCCGUGCUCUCUCGCCGUCCAAGAUCCAGCACCCAAAGCCAUCAAAGCCCUACGCCUCGCGCCAGCUCCGCGAAGCCGAAUUCGGCGCCCCAACAGUCGACGACCUCACCCGCCGCUUUGCAGGUUCCCGUCUCUCAGACGAGUACUCCUACUCAAACAGCCCGCCCAGCUCGGCCGGUUCGUCACUUUCGUCCCGCUCCGGAUCCUCGGGCUCGACGUCCCCCUCCUCUCUGUCUUCUAUGAGCGACCACCACUCUCAGUGCCACUGUGAACGUUACGGUAUCACCCGCAAGGGGGAUCGUGUCAAGCUUGACUGCGGUGGUAGCCGCUGUGGCUAUAUCACUGAGUCAUCUGAUGCCUCUUGUUCUGAGUCCGAGGAUAGUGAUGAGGAGUACCGUCGUGCUCGCAGCGGUGUCCGUCGCCAAGGGAUUGUCGUUCGUCGUUAA